AUGAUGGUGAUGGUUGAAGGGAGACAUAGGAAGCAAGAAGCUUUGGACAUGUUGAACAAUUCUUACCACAAAGCAAAAGGAUUGACUUUGUUGAGACAAGCAGUAGAUGAAGAUCAUCUUGAGGCAAUUUAUUUGCUUGGAAUGAUCUACAUUUCAAGAGGGCCUCAUCAAUGUGAUGAAGUUCCAGAUGAUGGGGAGUAUACGAGUGUUGUUGAUAGUGUCAAAGAGUUGUUGCGGGCUAUUGAUGUUGUUCAUAGACUUACAACAAAUAACAUCACAUUCCAAUGUGAAUACCCCCAUCAUUCUGUUAAAUGUGCAUUUGCAAUAGGCCAUGAAAAGGAUGAGGAUCGACAAAAAUAUUGCAUGGUUUGUCGUUGGUAUGUAGAGUAUGAACUUUUACUCGGUGGCUACUACAACUCAGGUACUCAAGGGGUCGCAGGGCUUCGCUGA